AUGAAUAAAGUUUUGGUUGUAGAUAAUGGUUCAUACACCAUAAAAGUUGGGUAUUCAGGUGAGGAAUUACCUAGAAAGGAUAAAAUAUAUAAAUCAGAUCAAAUCUUUGGUUUGAACGAGUAUUUUUCUUAUUCCCCGUUCUCCGAAGGUUUACUAUUGGAUAUUUCAAUGGAAAGUGAUAUUUGGGAAUAUAUUUUCAACAAAAUGAAUAUUUCUCCAGAGGAGCUUGGUAUAUUAGUUACUGAACCAUUUUUAAAUCCAACUUCACUUCAGCACUCUCUUUUUGAAGUAAUUUUUGAGCAAUUUGGUUUUAACAGUGCAAUUGUCACAAAUUCUCCCGCAAUAUCACAAUUUGCAUUUAGUCCACAACUUAUUCCUAAAAUUGAUCAACGAAUAAUAAAUCCAUGCUAUUUGAUUUUAGAUUGCGGCUAUCAGUGUUGUUUUAGUGUCCCAUUAUUUCAGGGAUCACCAAUUUAUAAAGCCUGUAGAAGACUGGAUAUUGGUGGAUAUCAUUUGGACCUAGCAUUAAAAAAUUUUCUUUCAUUCAGACAAGUUGAUUUAUCUAGAAACUCUUUAAUUGUAUCUAAAAUUAAAGAGAGUUGCUGUUAUAUUUCCAAGAAUUUUGAUAGUGAUAUUAACAGGCCAUCACAAAAUAAAUCUGAUAAUUUGAUAGAACAAAUAUAUCAGCUCCCAGAAUUAAAGUCAAAUAGUAAGAAUUCAAAUUACUACUUUCAAGAGUGUAUAUCACCCGAAAAUACUGAACUUUUAAAGUUAAAUGAUAAUCUAAAAUUGAAAUUAGAAUCAGAACCAAACGCAAAUUAUGAUUCCAAUGGGGUCAUUAAACUUUAUUCAGAAAGGAUAGCAGUUCCAGAACUAUUAUUUAAUCCAUCAAAUGGAGGUUAUAACUUUGCGGGCAUAGCAGAAAUGGUCUCAGAGUCUAUUUUAUCGUCACCAAAACAUCUACAAGAAUUGCUAGCUAAUAAUAUAUUAAUAAUAGGAGGUUCCACUAAAUUUAGAAAUUUUGAGGCUAGAUUGAACAAAGAGCUUUCCUCUCUACUACCUUCAGUAUGGGAAAUUAAAACAAGAUGUAAUCAAAGGCCAGACUUUACAACAUGGAUGGGUGGCUCAAUUUGGGGGGAAACAAACUUUAGUACAUUUGCUCUCUCUAAAAGCAAAUACAACGAAAUUUGA